AUGGAAUCCAACUCAGAAGAAAGAUUUCACGACAAUGAAGAUGUAAUUGAUGAUUUUUAUGAUAUGUGGCUGAAAAAUCAUCCAUCCGCCUUGAGCUCUUUCGAGGAAAUAAAGAGUGUGGCUCAUGAGAAACAGAUGGUUGUGUUUUUGGAUUACGACGGAACUCUCUCACCGAUUGUUAACAACCCUGAUCAAGCUUUCAUGUCUACAGAGAUGCGUUCAGCGGUAAGAGAAAUCAGUGGACAUUUCCCAACUGCAAUUAUCUCUGGAAGGUCUAGGGAUAAGGUGUUCCAAUUUGUGAGAUUGAAUAACAUCUAUUAUGCUGGAAGUCAUGGGAUGGAUCUAUCAACCCCAUCAGUUUCUCUUAAUUAUGGUAACCACGAGCAUCAAACUAGGACUAUUGAUGAGAAGGGUAAUGACAUGGUUAACUUCUGCCCAGUACGUGAUGUCUUGCCUAGAAUUCAAACGAUAAAGGAUAAAUUGGAAAAAAUAGCAAAAGACAUAAAAGGUGCCUCGGUUGAAGACAAUAAGUUCUGCCUCUCUGUACACUUUCGAUGUGUGAAUGAAGAGAAUGUUGGCAAGCUUAAGGAGAUGGUGGAAUCUACAAUGGAAUUCUAUAAUGAUUUCCGUAUAUCCGAGGGAAAAAAGGUCAUGGAAAUUCGCCCUAUUAUAAGUUGGGAUAAAGGUCGUGCUCUGCAGUAUCUACUUGAUACUAUUGGUUUUGAAGACUCUAGCAAUGUCCUUCCUAUAUAUAUAGGAGAUGAUAAAACUGAUGAGGAUGCCUUUAAGAUGAUUAAAAGCAUUGGAAGAGGAUUUCCUGUAGCUGUUUCUACUACUCCAAAGGAGACAGAAGCCCUCUACUCUUUACGUGACCCAACAGAGGUCAUGUCCUUCCUAAUUCUUUUAGCAAAGUGGAAAAUGGGUUGUACUUUGAGUUAA